CCGUCAACUCAAAAUUUAAAUUUCGAAUCACUAAAGUUGCCAGUUUCAAUGCGUUUAAAAGUAAUAGCAAAAAGUUUUUAUUUUAAUUUUAAAAGUUAAUGAUACACUGUGCUAGAUUCAAACGUAGAACAGAAUGUAUUGGUACGUUCAAAAUUGUUUGUUGUUUGCAAUAACAGUUUCUUUGUUGCAAACGGUUGCAAGUGAAAUAAGUAUGUCUGAGAGCGGUGGAAAUUGUUCGGAAGUUUCGAACUUACGAACGUUUUCGAGGAGAAAAAGGUUUUUAGUGUUUCCAGAAGCUAGUUCGCUCCAAUUAGUUUUCUGUUGCCAAACCUCAGCUCUAAUACCAAUUGGCGAUAUUUUUCUCUAUGGUAACACUGCGGCUUUAGCUUGGACCUUGCCAACGGACCCAGACUUCUUGACGAUGUUUAAGAAACAUGAAAAAUCUCAAAGACGGCAGGAUACGAAAGAAAUCUAUUACCUAGACGCCAACGGAAAGCUCCUUGCUAAGGUGCCGUAUAAAAGGAAACCAAUCAUAAACCCAGCUUUCGCGAAGAGGAGCGUGGACGAACAAAAGACGACGUUCAAAGAAAAGUUGAAAAUCAAAUUGGACAGAAUGAAAAUGCACGAAAAACAAAAGAGUAGACAAUAUCUGAAAUCUGAAUAUAUGGAUGAGAAAAGUGUGAAUUUUCACAGACACAGUCGCGUUGGCUUGUAUGAAAAGUUGGAGAAGCUAUUUACUGCGUUAGGGAACGAUGGGAAGCAGUGCGUUCUUUACAAACUAUGCGAGUCAGCUCGGAGUCGCGCGAGCCAGGGGACAUUCCUUCAGGAGCUCGAGAGAAUUGUUUUCACGUUACCCAAAGGAGUGCAGUUUGCUAAAGAAGAACAUAAGGACUAUGACAAGGCACACCACGACAGCAAAACUGACGAUUGUUCCACUUUGUACCCCGGUUGUGAAGGAUCUAUAAUUCCUGUAUAA